GCUCGGAAAGAAGUGUAGCAAGUACAGUCAGGUUUUACCAAGCCGGGCAUUCGAAUAGGACAGUAUUCUAUCGUCUGGUUCUAUAUUUGCAUGUAUUUGAGCAAGGCGGACAGUCUUCCGACCCGGAGUGCUCCGUUUAUUAUAUGAAACUGCAUCCCGAAAUCAUGAGUCACCUAUACCCAGGGCUACUUUCAGCCUACAACAGUCUGACAGACAAACACCUUACUGGAUACUUCAACAACACCCGGAUCAGAAGACAUCUCCAGAGAGUUGGCCUGAUCACCAGGAGUGGGCGGAUUGUCCCAGACAAAGAGUACAGACACAAUGUGAUGCAGAGAGCGCACCAGAGGCAUGUGAGGGAAUGCCUGGCCCAGGCCAUCUUCCAUAAGGUGCUGGACAUGGAGCGUCUCCAUCAGAUCGAGAUCAAGAGGAAGUUGGAGGAUUUUGCCCGGAGGGAGAGAGUGCAUAAAAUCAAGGUUGAACGUUCCAAGAGGUACGAGGAGGAGAUAAUCCAUAUCCUGUCUCCACGGCCGCCCACGGGCCCCAGGGUCUCCCACGCACAGCAUUCUGGCCCAGAGGGGGAGCACUCUGAAUCCUCUGAAUCUCCGGGCUCGUCUCGACCCAACACGGCUCCAGGGAAGAUGCAGAGGCCGGUGCGUCUGAAGCCCAUCCAUAGUAACAGCACCACAGCCUCCCACAGACACACCUCCCCCUACAGGCCCCAUGACUCCUCCAAUGAAACGGACCAGCCUUUCAACUGCAUUAUGGACAAAGACUCCAGAAGACAUUUGACCGGGACAGAGUUUUCCCGUGGUAUAUCCCCCUACCGCCUUCCAGUCAUCAACAACUUUGUUACCCCAGUGCCACCACCGACUAAGAGGAAAGAGAGGGGCGGUUUUAAGGGUACCCCCAAUGGCACUUUCAGGGGACGGAGACUGCGCCCCACCACGGCCCCAAGUGGUCCCGGAAUGACGGAGGACUCUACUCUCCCGCGGACGUCUGUGCAGAGCAAAGUAUGUGUGAGCAUGGUGUUCUUUGGGAAGACAGUGCACCUGUCACAUGACCUGAUGGACAUGAGGGAUGAGGUGAAGGUGUUCCAGCAGCACUGUGGGGGAGAGAACCUGUGUGUGUACAAGGGCAGACUCCAGGAGGGAGAGGCGUUCCAGUUUGUGUCGCGGCGCCACCGUGGCUUCCCCUUCAGCCUGACGUUCUUUCUCAACGGGCUGCAGGUGGAGCGCCUCAGCUCCUGCUGUGAGUUCAAACACAGGAAGGGUUCCCGGCUAGGUGGCCGCCACGGACAUUUUGGAUUCUCCAGCACGGAGGGAGCCUCGCCCUGCUACAGGUGUAUCAUAGCCAUGGGGUUAGACAAGAAGCCCACCCCUCCUCCAAAGAGAGUCAAAGAGGAAAUCAUAGUCACCCGCCCUGUAAACACUGGGAAGGACACUGCAGGGGUGGAGGAGGAGAUGAUUAGUAAAGACAGUCACUCUCAACCAGAGCCUGAGACAACUCAGCCACAGGACAUGGAGACAGAGAUCAAAGAAGACAUUCCAGAAGAGGAGGACAAACCAAAAGAUGACUAUGAAGAGGACUUUGAGGCGGAUGACGAGGGGCAGGUUGAGGACAGAGGAGAAGAGAAAGACAAGAAAAGUGUUCCUCCCUUCAGCGAAAGAGACGGCGAGGAUAGAGAGAAAGGCAACCAGUCUGACAGUGAGGACGAUGACAAAGUUGAAGAGAGAAGGUCAAGGUCGAGGUCAGACUCCAGCUCCUCAGGAAGUGACAUGGACGACAGUGAGGCUGAGGCCAAGGAAGACCAAGCAGUCAACCAGGUAGCUGACCUAGAGGAGGCUCCUCCCCAGGCUGAACAGGCAAAAGACACCCCCACCACCAUAGCACCUGAUCCAGACCAACCACCCACAGAGGAUCCCACCACAGCCACAGAGAGCAGCUCUCCUACCCCACCCCAGACCACCUCGACUGGGGAGGAAGACACAGGGACCUUGGGGUACAGCCCUGGGGACAGCACAGCGAGACCCACAGACCUUGAGGUGUCAGACACAAGUGGGCUGUCGGAGGAGGGGAAAGGGGAUGAUGAUGGGAGUGCUGAGGCUAAGGAGGAAGACGACAAGGAGAGUGGGGCUAAGGCGGAGGGUGAGUCGACACAGGAGGAGGAGCCUGAGAGGGCCAAGUCUGUGCAGGAGAAACUAGCAGAGGCCAUUUUGAAGGAGGCUCAGAGUCACUCAGAGCCAGAGCUGAGUGACACCAGCACUGAGACGGAGGAAGACCCCACUGAGAAAAACCAACAACCGGACACCAUUGGUACGGAACCAGAGCAAGCCGGGGCUUUUACUCUGGAGCGUCAGAUCAGUACAGAGGAAGUGAAGUGUGAGGAAAGUUCACUCAGUGCACAGGAAAUGACCUCACAGAGUGCUGCUGAGGGAAAAGAAGUCGGGACUGAGCUGAAGGAAGAGGAGGAAGAUGGUGCACCAGAGUCUGAACAGAUAACUGAAGAAACCAGUGGUGUGACAGAGGCGAAAGAGGAGGAUCCAAAAGCCAGUCCGGAGACGGAUGAUCAAGAGGAGGCAGACAGCAAAGUAGAAACAAAGGGGAAAGAAGAGGGUGAAGAAAAUAAGGGCAACCAGGAAGAUGAUGAGGCUGUGGAUCUUCAGGCGGGCGAGCCAGCUAAAGCAAGUGAUUCUGUAACUAUUAAAGAGCAGCAGGAAGAGAAAAACACAGCAGAUCCUGACAUACCACCUAGUGAGUCAGAGGAGAUGAAAAGCACCAAAGAUGAGUCAUCUGCACCAGAAGAACCAGGGAGCAAGACUGAGAUAGAAACAGCUGUGACGGAUGAGGCAGGGACUGAGGUGGCAGAGAGUGAAGCAGUAGAGAUGAAAGCAAAGCCCAUUGCGGAUUCAGAGUCCCAUAGCCAUAAAGAGAUGCCUAUAACUGACAAGGAAAGGCAGGGAGAUGGGGAGGAGGACACGGUUGGAGGCACAGAGACAGAAGUCACAGCAGAUAAUUCAAGCAGCGUGUCAGAGAAAAGUGGAGAUACUACUGUCUGUGCUGAAAAGACAGCAGAGGGAGCUGAGAAGUGUGAGGAUGCACCUGGAGAAACCGAAGCCAAACUUGAGAGUGACACAGGGGAGGCUAUGAAGGAAGACAGACUAGAAAAAGAAGCUGGUCCGGAUGAAGUUGGAGGAGAAACUACUACAGAGGAUAAGGCAAGUGAUAAGGUAGAAAAUGACUUUGCCCAAAUUGAAGAAGGGAAAGUAAAGGACGGUGAAAAGACUGGAAAUGAUAAGAAAGAAGAAAAGCAAGAGACUGAGGAAGUAAAUACUGGAGAAGCUAAGAGAGAUGAAGAGAAAGUUAGUGAGGGUAAGGUAGACAGAAGUGAGAAAGAUGGGGAGGAUAACGCAGAAGAGGGGACACAGGGUGGAGAAAAUGCUGAGGGGAAUAAGGCAGAGGAGGGAGAAACAGAUGACAGCAAAAAGGCAGCAGAAGUAGAAGAUAAGGUGGAGUGUGAAGAGAAGGUUAGACAGGCAGAAAAGGAAGACGAUGAUGGAGAGGAAAUUGUAAAAGAAGAUGGCAAGCUAGAACGUGGGGAAAUGGUUGAAGAAAAUAAAGCAGCAAAAGUAUCUGAGCAUGAAACAGGAGAGAAAGAGGGAGAGGAAGUAGUUGAGGAAAAUGUUAUGGAUGCAGAGGAAGCCAGUGAACUUAAAGUGGAGGAAGGAGAACACAUGACAACAACUGAGUUCAAAGUUGAAGAGACUGAGAUCAAAGACAAUGUUCAAGAAUCUGUAUGUGAUGCGAACGAGAAUGAUGAAUUUGAUGUAGAGAGCGGCUCAGCUCCAAUUGUUGGAGAUAGCACUGCGGCCAGAGAUGAGACCCUAGUCAGCAGGAAAGAAACAGAGAAAAAGGACAGUGAGGUAGAUUCUGAAAAUGGAGAGACAGCUGCAGCCUCUGAAGUUCAGAGUGACACCGCAAGAGAGGAGACAGAGUCCACAAACCAAGAUACCCAAGGCAAAAACAAGGUAGAUGAAAAGGACAAGGAGGCAGAAACAAAGACAGAUGACCUAAACAAGGUAGUGACAGAGGAAGAUCCUAAAGACCAGGAAGAGGCAAAUGACAAAUGUGAAAAUACCAAAGUAGAUCAGGAUGCAGACACAGAAGACAAAGAAUCUAAGGCUGAGGAAUCUAACAGAGAUAGCCAUGCUGGUUCACAUGAAGGAGACCCAGAGCCAGUUAACACUGGGGCUGAAUCCAAAGAAGAGGCUAUGUCAGAGAAUGCUGAUAAGGAGACUAAGAAUGUCAAGGAGAUAGAGGCAUCUGUAGAGUCUCAAGAGCAGUCGGAACUAAAAACUCAGUCAAAGGACAGAAUUGUAGAUGCUACACUUGAGAGUGCAGAUAAGAACCCAGAUACAAGCACAGAUAACUUGGAUGAUGGCAAAGAGAAAGUUAAUGAUGCUACUACAGAGGUGAUUGUUGUUUCUGAAGAGACACAAGCUCCAGCUUCAGAACCCAGAGCUAUGGAGCUAGAAGAUACUACAGAGACGGAAUCAGAUCUGAAGGAAAAAGAACAUAAAACGGAAGACGAAUCCACAGAAGGGGCAAGCAAGCAAUCUGAAGAAGGAGCCAGUGUUGUCCUCAAACCUCAGUCAGAAACACAACAAAAAGAAAGCAGUGCAUCAGGUAAAUACGCUAAUGUACUUGAGGAAAGUGUUAAAGCUGAGGACCAUGCUGCAACUCCAGAGACCUUGGAGAAAGGAGACAAUAGGGAUCUUGUAACUAACUGGGUGAAUGUACAUCAAUCCUCAAAGUUCUUUGAGACAUUCAUAGAGCCCCUAGAUGACUUUACUUCUGACAAUGUCAUCAGUGAGUCUAAUUCGGAUGCCAGGGCUAUAGCGCCAACACACAUGACCGAAAUUUCCAGACCAGAGAGACCUACUAAAACGGCAAAGACACCAGACCCGAAACCUGACGAUCAUGAUACCAAUGCCUCGGAGAGGAGCGCCGUUGUUGGAGGCGGAGCUGGCACCAUUGUUGAGAAUAUAGUUACGGAACUUAAAGAGGCAGCCCCAUCCGCAAAGGAUGACAAUGAGUCAAACAGUAAUAACAAGGUGGAAGUGAUCCAGUCAGAUCUCAGUAGUACUCACUCAAGAGACGAUGACGCCAGUGAAACUGGGCUAACAAAAUACUCUCUCGAGGUGGAAGAGGGAACAGAAGUCACUCUCUUCACACUCUCUGCUGAGCUUGAAGACAGCAGCAGAGAAGACACAGCUGGGCCACGGGAGGAGGGUCAGGGUUAUUCAGAGGAGCUCAAAGGAACUACAAGGAUGUCUGAGGAUGACAAGGACAAAGAUAUGACAAUGCAGGGUGAAAAUGAUCUGACAGAAAUGUCCAAAACUGACGUUGAAAGGAUACAGUGCUCUAACCAUUCAGCUGCCAGUGGCAGGCCUGCAAAGAUCAUUGAGGAUCCAGCAGAGACUAAAGAAACCAAAGCCAAUUCCGGGUUGGAUGAGCAACAAACAUUGCAAGAGAUAACCGUCCUGACAACGCUUUCCAAAAAUGGAGAUGAAACACAGGAGCAGUCUGAGAGUCCAGAUAACCACUCUGAAUCUGGCACAACGUCAAGAGAACCAGAAGACGCCAAAGAGACAAAGGAACCGAAAGAGCAAGAGGCUGCAGAGGUUACAGAAAUAACAGAGCUAAGAGCCAUUUCUAAAUCUGAGAAUGAGAGCCAGGAAUACUCCCAAAGUGUACAGCUCCGUUCUAAACAACUGGAUGGAAGCAGGAGGGGAGACAAAGAAGAUCUACAGCUGAUUGACCAGCUGAGCACCUGCUCAGUGGAAGACUCUUCGAUGUUUGGCCACACCUCAUACCCUCUGUUGACAACUGCACCGACUGACAGUAACUAUUAG